UUAAAAUUGUUUUAGAAAUUGUUUGCAGAAUUAGUACACGGUAUUUAAUUUAGUAAAAAUUACAUGCAAUUGAAUUGCAUUGUAUUUUUGAAAAUAUUUCAACAAUUUAACAGAAAAACUUUUCCCAUUCCCAACGUUAAAAUUAUACGAAACACCAACUUGUUAUUUCGUACGCAGUAACAGACAUAAAACUGUCCACGUCACGCGUUUGUAUAUAAUCGUGUUUAUUUUAAACAAGUUUCAUAUUAACAAUUUUUUAAAAGAUGGCAUCGAAAGUAACAUUUAAAAUAACACUAACAUCAGAUCCAAAAUUACCAUUCAAAGUCCUCAGUGUACCUGAAGCUACGCCUUUCACAGCAGUACUUAAAUUUGCUGCAGAGGAAUUUAAGGUACCAGCUGCUACAAGUGCGAUAAUAACAGACGAUGGCAUUGGCAUAAGUCCAGCACAAACUGCCGGAAAUGUUUUUCUUAAACACGGAUCUGAGCUACGUCUGAUACCACGUGAUCGAGUUGGCAAUAAUAGUUUUAUAUGUUAAAUAUUUAUAUAUACUAAGAACCAAGUAAUUAAAAAUUUAGUUUGUUAC